ACCCUGAAACUCCUUCCCAGAGGUGGACGGGCGGGACGGGAUGGUGGACAAGAGGAGAGCCGGAGCAGGUGUCAGGAAGACGGAGGGGGUGGAGGAGUGAAGUUUGAAUGUCUAUCUAAAUGUUCAGGCUUUGACGGUGUUCGACUUCCGCUGCAGUGAAAGAGGAGGCCGCGGUUGUCAUGACAUGCGGGCAGGGAAGGCAGAACCGGCCUGUAAGGACCACGGUGCUCAGGCUGAAGCGGGGACCGGAGGUUUGAGUGGGCCCGCCAGCCCCGAGCGCGAUUAUGGUGUGAUUGGAGAGAAAGAUUCAGAGGCUCACUUCACUGAAUAGGAGAAGUAGAGAGGCAAGGGUGUGGCCUUUCAUUCGAAAAAAAAAGAUUGGGUGCAUCAGGGGGAAGUGAAGAGCCACAUAUGCACGCCGAGGAUUCAGUGCAACUUGUUGUUUGAUGUUAGGCGAGAUUGUUGUCUGCGACGUGAAGCUGAUUUGCACCAAGAAACUUCUGUUAUUUCUGCUUUUACAGGGAGGAAAAUAAACCUAAACUAUGUCCUAACGCUCCAGCUUUUACAACCCCAAUGCAACACAGCGUACAGAGGAAACAACCUGCACCAACAACAUGCACUGAAGCAAAGGAAACAGAAGCAGCAGCAGCAGCAGCAGCACGGCGAGCUCUCUGAAAUGCACGUCGCCUCUAUGAAGCCAGCAUCACAUUAACCAAGUUGGUCAACACAUCCAGCAGCCACACAGACCGUCAGUCAGCCUGACGGUCGCACACAGAGCAGCUCGGGCCGGUCUGAAUGUGAGGAGGAAACAGCCGACAGGAAGAGAUGAGGAGAGUUCGGAGAAAAGGAGGCAACAAAGAGAAGGUGUUUGGAUGUGACCUGCUGGAGCACCUGAACGCCUCCUCUCAAGAGAUUCCUCAGGUCUUGCGAUGCUGCAGUGAGUUUGUCGAGACGCAUGGAAUCGUGGAUGGAAUCUACAGGUUGUCCGGAGUGUCGUCCAACAUACAGAAACUCAGGGGUGAGUUCGAGGGCGACGGGAGUCCAGAUCUGAACAAGGAUGUGUAUCUGCAGGACAUCCACUGUGUCAGCUCGCUGUGUAAAGCUUAUUUCAGAGAGCUGCCCAACCCUCUGCUCACGUACCAGCUGUACGACAAGUUUGCUGAGGCUGUGGCCAUCCAGCUGGAGGAGGAGCGGCUGGUAAAGAUCAGAGAUGUGUUGAAAGAGCUACCAAGACCACAUUACAGGACUCUGGAGUUUCUGAUGCGCCAUCUUGUCAGAAUGGCCUCGCAUUCCUCAGAGACGAACAUGCACGCCAGGAACCUCGCCAUCGUCUGGGCCCCCAAUCUGCUCAGGUCAAAGGACAUUGAGGCGUCUGGCUUUAAUGGUACAGCGGCCUUCAUGGAGGUCAGGGUUCAGUCCAUCGUGGUGGAGUUCGUCCUCACACACGUCCCUCAGCUGUUUCCUGAACUAGGUCUAUCAGACGAGAGAAGGAAGUCCCUCCCCUCGCCGUCAGCUGCUUCCAAUCAGGAGGAAGUGUUUUUUAAAACCGCUUCUACUCAGCCUGUCCCCAACUUCGGAAAUAUCAGUCCAGGAGACGGCCCGCUACCCAUAAGACCGUACCACGCCAUCAUCGAAGGCACAGACAAGAGGAAAGGAUCUCUCAAAGGCAGGAAGUGGAUGUCCAUCUUCAACAUCGGAGGACGAUUCCACGACCAACGACGGAGGCACAAGCACUCAGGCAAAGACAAAGAGAGAUCUGUUCUGAGACCAGCAAGGAGCAUGGACUCCCUCAGCACCCCGUCCUAUCCAAACGAAGGUUCCAGACGUACUGCCCAGCGCCCCCCUUCCAACAUCUCCACGUCUCCCCUCGUCACCUCCUCCCCUCAGCCUGGCUUGGAUGUCACAGUGUCCACCGGUGCCAUAGGCCGCAGUGAAUAUGCUGUAACCUACCGCAGGGGAACUGGGUUGGUAAGCGGGGGUACGGGGACCCAGGGCACCUACACUGCCCUUGACCCUGAAGGUUUAGGGGUCACAGGCAAUGAGACUGUCCAGUCCAGAUCCCCAGGACUGUCCACCAAAGCAGGCCGGAGAGCAGCCAUGCACAUCACAGGGCCCACCAUGGUUACCGUGCCCCUGCAUAUCACCUCUAACCUGGCGUUAGGGGUGCUGCAAGGGGGCGGGGGCGACAGGGUCAUCCAUCGCAGCCGGGAUAAGGAUGGAGGGGACAGGGUGGAAGGUAAGGAGGAAGGAGAGAAGGUGGAGAGGAGGGAAAGCAGGGGGAUGGAAAGGAAGGUGGAGGAAGGCAAAAAGGUUGAGGAAGAGGAGAAAAAUCACACGGGGAAGGAGACGGACAGAGAAGAAGUCACGGAUGUAGGAGGGAAUACAGUGGCAGGUGGUGGUGAGGAGGAAGAGGGCGGAGGAAAGAAAGAGGAGGAAGAGGAGGAGGUCAGAGAGGAAGGUGGAUGGAAGCCGGAGCUGGUGAUGAGUGGUCAAGGCGUGUCCAGAGAGCAACGAGCCAAAUGCCUGACCUGCAACACCGAGGAAGACAAUGACGAAGAUGCCCUCGUUGAGAACAAGGACGUUGUCGAAAACGAUGAAUACAUGGACAUGAAGGGGGUGCAGCCCGCCGACUGUCAGCCAGAGGUGACUCAGCAUGGCGAUGACUGCGUGUUUGACACUUUAGACGUCCUCAACUCGACUGAAGUGGAGGGGGACGACCUGGGGCUGUCCGGCUACGUUCAAGAUAACUUUGAAUUCCUGGACCAAUUGGACUGCAGCGUCCUGGACCAUAUGGACUGCAGUGUCCCCUAUCAGAUGAACGAGUUCUCCGUCGAGCCUCCUGGCCACUCAGACGAUGAGUAUGAAGUAAUGGAGCAAGCUCCCCAUCAUCCUGCAGACCUCCAGCCGCACCUGCAGCCUGGCCCUGAAGGUCACACCCACAGCCAGGCAGAGCUGAAUCCAGACAGGCCGCCCAGCACCGACACAAACAGCCGACACACUAAAUCCCUCAGCUUGCCUUACAUGACCUCACCUGUCUAUGGCUCGGAGGAGUCUUGCUCUGAGGAGGAGGAGGCAGGAGACGACAGUGAUGAUAAUGAUUACGACAGUGAGGACGAUCAGAGCAUGUUCAUUAAAAGCCUCCCCUCUGGUUUCUUACUAAACGACUGGACCGGGCCUGAACCAGAACCUGAUACGCAAGGCAGUUGCACUCUUGAUACAGUUCCUGUGCAUCAGCUGCAGGUCUCUGAGGAAAGAGAAUACCAGCCACUGAACCCUGAAUUUCCAACUGCUGGAGACCUGGAGCAAUUAGAGGCGAAAGACAACGAAGAAAAAGAUGAAUCGGAAGAAAAGGAGACAACAAAGAAGGAAGAGGAAGUUCAGCAGGAAAGAGAUCAACCGGAAGACAAGAGGCAAAGCAAAGAGACACCUGAAGGUUGCAGCGUCGUGGGAGAUACUCAAAGUGAAAAAGAGCAACAUCUCAUGUCGGAGGCAUCAACACACUGCUGCGCCAACCAUCCACUGCCGACCAAUGACGAGUCAGUCACGACACGCCUGUCUGGCAUAACGGUCGAGGAGGAGAAGGAAGUGGUUCAAAGUGAUUCGGUUUCUUGUGUCACACCGGAAGAAAUUGUUGAUGCUCUGUUAGAGGAGUGCAGAGGCUUUUCUGUAAGGGCAGCAGACCAGCUCAGAGGGGACAGUGAUGAGGGAGAGGACGGGAAGGUAUGCAAAGAGAAAGAGGAUGUAUGUCAAGCAAUGGUUGUAGAAAUUAAAGAAAAUGAUGAGAACAUGUGGGAAGAAACCACUGAGGAAAGCGAUAAAGAGAUAAAACAUGAAGAAAAGAUGCAGGAAGAGCAGGAUAGUGCAAUAUGCAGGACAAGCAAUGAAAUUUGGGAGGAACUUGAGGAGGUUAUAUGUGAUGUGAUAGAGGAUGAGGAAAGUAAGCAUGUGGAGAAGAAGCAUGCAAGAGGAAGUGUUGUCGUGGAGAAAGAUGCAAUGGAAGAUGUCAGAUUUGGAGAGGAGGAAGAGCAGAUAGAAAAAGUUUCAGGAGAGGAAAUGAUGGACGAAGGAGGGACAAAUGAGACCAAAGUCAGAACAGAGGUAGAGGAGGAAUCGUUGGAGGUGAAUGAAGAAAAGCUCACAGACACAGAGAUGCAGCAAGAGUUUGAGGAAAAAGAGACAAACCUACCAAAAGCAACUGAACCGGAUGAAGCAACUCAAGGGAAGUGCGCUGUCAACGACGAAGCACAGCAACAUGACAGAGAAGUGGUUUCAACAGAAAACGAAAACAAUGAUAACGAGAGAGCUGAUGACCGAAGAAGAAAACCGCCAAGUGGAGACAGCAGCCAGGGAGGGGUCGGAAGGAAGGUGGUCGUCUCCAAACAUCCGAAAGUUUACCAAGUGAAAGCGGUGCCGGUCGUGCCUCCGAAGCCGCAGCACUGCAAAAUCACCGCGCUGAACCUCCGGCAGCAGCUGCAGCAGAGGGACAGAAGAGACGCCGAGAGAGGGAGAGACAGCUCGCUGAGGGUCCCCACGGAGCAGGACAAAGUCUGUGCAGGAGAACAGGGCAAAGACGGAGACGACAGAGACGAGGGCCAGGGGAGAAAGGAGAAGCCAAUGCUCAGGGGAGGGGAGAAAGAGAGGGAAAGGAGGAGCGAUGGGGGCGAAGGCGCCAGCCGACACAGUCCCCUCAGCAUGUGUUUUGACGAGGCUGUUGCCAUAGCGACCAUGAGGCGGGAAAAGGAGAAGGUGUGCGAGAAGGAGAGGCAGAGGGAGCGAGGAAAUGAAGUACAGUGAACGUGUUUUUUUUGGCCUGUAUAUUGAUUUAAACUGAUAUGAUUGUACAAACUAGCUGUCAAUGUGUAACAUAACGGGCUGUAAUCUCCCCGAGGAUUUUCUUUCAGUAUGUAGUAAUGUAGUAAAUUACAACAAAACAACAGUAUUGUGUCUGCAGUGCUACUAAAGAUGUUUAGGUGAUUUUUUUUUCGGCCAUGCACAAGCUUGAUGUGCAGCCAGGAAACAAAUACGUUUUUCUAAUAAUAUUUUCCAGAGGAGUUUUCCCCUUUAUUAGACAGAAAGCUGAUCAAAAAUGAGGGAAAAGAGACGGGGAAAAACAUGCAGCAAAGGCCUCUGGCCAGACGAGAACCAGCACUGAUAAAGCUCUGUGGUCAGCAUCUUAAACCCCAUCGGUAAGCUAAUAAAUAUCAGCCAUUGUGCUACCUGCUAUUAAAAAAAAAAACAAAAACAAAAAACACAAAUACACGGAUGUGAUUAAAGGUGAAGUGCUGCUGAAACAUGUUCAGGUUGAAAUAUUUGACAAUCCUUCUGAAUAAACUGAUGUUUCCAUACAUAGGUCUUCAAAACAUAACAUCCCAUCAUUUCAUCACAAAACUUCAGAGAUUAGCCUUAAAUCCAGCUCACUCAUGUUUGCACUCGUCUAAUUAUUCAAUACUUUGUAAUUAUAUAAAGUAUCUGUAUGUUGACGGUAUAUGUAAUGGUGGAUUUGAAAGAGCAGGGCUGAUGAAUGGAAUAUGUCAUUUGAUAAAUAUGAUAUAUAUAAUGCAUAAAAAGCAGACAUUCGUCCGGAUUUUGUGAAUAAAACAUUUUUCCAAGA